AUGCACAGCAAACAGCUCGGGUUGACUGAGACCAUGCGAGUAGAGAAAUAUUUUGAGAGGCCAUAUGUCAAGGUAAAAAUUCAACCCGGUCCAGUGUGCGAGGCUUUGGUGGACAGCGGUGCUGAGGUAUGUGGGAUUUCACAGAAGUUAUGCCAGGAGUUGAAUCUACCCAGUUUGGGAACUGAAAGGAUCAAGGGAUGGAAUGGACAGGUGGCUGAGGUGGAUGCCACAUGGGUAACGUUGACUCAGGGAGACAAGGCUGCUACCCCUGGCGUCCGGUGUCACGAGAGAUACAAUAAAAUUCAGAACCGUGACGUUGAUGACGAGAAAGAUGAUGAAGCUUGUGAAUUUAAUAAUUGUAAAUUAGAUGGCAGUGUAAUAAUAAAUAAAAUUCAGAACCGUGACGUUGAUGACGAGAAAGAUGAUGAAGCUUGUGAAUUUAAUAAUUGUAAAUUAGAUGGCAGUGUAAUUACAGAUAAAAUUCAGAACCGUGACGUUGAUGACGAGGAAGAUGAUGAAGUUUGUGAAUUUAAUAAUUGUAAAAUAGAUGACAGUGUAGUUGUGGAUGGAGUUCCUAAUCGAGAUGUUGAUGAGGAGAAAGACGAUGAAGGUAGUGAAAAGAGUUGCAAGGUUAUGAUCAAGGAUACAGGUAGAGCUGAUAUUAGUCAGGAGAAGAAGGAUUCCGCAGUGAAUAAAAUUAAUAAAUAUAAAUUUGAACUUGGUGAAGUUGGUAGUUCCGGUAUUGGGCUUGUGGACAGAUCAAAUAUUGUCGGUUGGGAUGUAAACUAUGUUGUGAGAGUGGCUGAAAUGACAAUCGACCGGGGUGGAUGA